UUUUGGGAGUAUCAUUCUUUUAAUGAUUCAUAAUUUAAAUAAUACUGCCGCUAAUUUGAGGAUGAAAAACUGAAAUUAAGCAGCAAAUCUGGAGGCUAUAUAUACACCACACCCUUAUCUACAAUUCCCAAAGAUUUUAGGGCAAUCUAUUUUAACAAAAAUCUUUCUUUUCCCCCAUGGCUUUAUCUUCUUCUGCUUCCUCUGCCUCCAUAUCCACCUCUUAUUAUAAGCCCAUUUUAGGGUUUAUCAAACCAAAUCUUCAACAUACUAAUUUUAUAAAUUAUGGGUUUAACUGCAACUACCGCUCAUUGGUCAUCAAUUGUUCUUCUUCAUCAGAUUCUAAUCAUUCUAUGGCGUUUAGUUUGAAUGAAAAUGGCUCAUCGAGAGGUCCGGUUAAGUGGCAAAGGGUGCUUCUUAAAGUAAGCGGAGAAGCACUUGCAGGUGACGGAGAGCAAAAUAUUGACCCAAAAGUUACAAUGGCUAUUGCAAGAGAGGUUGCCGAUGUGACCCGACUCGGCAUUGAGGUGGCCAUAGUUGUUGGUGGCGGAAAUAUCUUCCGUGGUGCCUCGUGGGCAGGAAGUAGUGGCCUCGAUCGUUCAUCUGCUGAUUACAUUGGGAUGUUGGCAACUGUGAUGAACGCUAUAUAUUUGCAAGCAACAAUGGAGAGCAUCGGCAUUCCAACAAGAGUCCAGACGGCAUUUCGGAUGUCGGAAGUUGCUGAACCGUACAUACGUCGAAGGGCCGUUAGGCAUUUAGAAAAAGGAAGAGUUGUCAUAUUCGCUGCCGGAACUGGAAAUCCCUUCUUCACAACAGAUACUGCUGCAGCCCUUCGCUGUGCCGAGAUUAAUGCGGAGGUAGUUUUAAAAGCUACUAAUGUGGAUGGUGUGUAUGAUGAAGAUCCAAGGGUUAACCCAAACGCUCGACUUCUCGACUCUCUUACGUAUCAACAAGUAACUUCGCGGGACCUUUCUGUUAUGGACAUGACCGCAAUCACUCUAUGCCAAGAGAAUAACAUCCCAGUUGUUGUUUUCAAUCUUGGAAAACCUGGUAACAUUGCAAAGGCCAUAAAGGGCGAGAGCGUCGGCACACUGAUUGGUGGCGCUUGUGUCUCGGCUGCUGCAAGGACCUGAAUGAACCUUUUCGGAUGAUAUGUCACUAGUUUUUCAGUAAUGGUCUAAAAUAUGAAGAUAUCUGAAGCUGAAACAAUACAGGCAGCUGCAUGAUGAGUAAUAGUGAAAUUAGCUUAAUGAUGAGUUAUAGUGGAAGUAUUUGUUUAGAACUAUGGUUGACCAAUUUAGUGAACAAAAUCAUUAAUUUGAAAGUUCUGUCAAAUUGGUCAAUCAGAAUUUCACAAAUUCAUCAUUUAAUUAUACUAUUGUUAGUAUUUUUAGUUGAAAGAUAUAUCAAUGGUGAUUAUCA